CGGGACUGCCGUUGCAUUUGAAACAACCGCAUCUGUAGCUGCACUGAAAACGGCUCUUUUUCACCGUUAUCCCCGUCUUUAGAGUGAUCCAAAAUGAUCGAUAUGUUCGAGAAGGAGGACCCGGUCAUCAGCGAGGAGGAGGCGGCACAGUACGACCGCCAGAUCCGCUUGUGGGGGCUGGAUGCCCAGAAGAGAUUACGAGGGUCCCGGGUGCUCCUGGCUGGUUUAGGUGGUCUGGGGGCUGAAGUGGCCAAGAACUUAAUCCUGGCUGGAGUUAAAGGACUCACUUUGCUGGAUCAUGAAAAGGUGACGGAGGAGUCGUGUCGAGCUCAGUUCCUGGUUCCGGUGACAGCUCGGGGUCAGAAUCGAGCCCUGGCCUCUCUGGAGCGAGGGCAGAACCUCAACCCCAUGGUGGAGGUCCGCGCAGACCCAGACCGAGUCGAAGACAAGCCGGACGACUUCUUCCUGAAAUAUGAUGCGGUGUGUCUGACAGGCUGCUCCAGAGACCUGAUGGUGCGGGUCGACCAGCUCUGUUCUAAGCACAACAUCAAGGUCUUCUGUGGGGACAUCUAUGGUUACUACGGCUACAUGUUCUGCAACCUCGGAAAAGAGCACAAAUACGUAGAGGAGAAACCGAAACUGGUCAAACCGACUGGAAAUUCUAACGACGGUCCAGAGGCGAAGAAGGCCAAAGUCGACCCCAACGAGACCACCAUGGUGAAAAAGACGGCCAGUUUCUGCACUCUGAAGGAAGCUCUGGAGGUCGACUGGACAACUGAGAAGGCCAAAGCCGGGAUGAAGAAAACACCAGUGGACUACUUCAUGCUUCACGUUCUGUUGAAGUUUCGCACCGACAAAGGCCGCGCCCCCGACCCGCAGUCCUACCCAGAGGACAGUCCGCUCCUGAGACAGAUCCGGGAUGACGUCCUGGAGGCCUUGGCAGUGAGCGCUGACCUCCUGAAUGAUGACUUCAUCAGCUACUGCUUCUCCGAGAUGUCUCCGGUGUGCGCCGUCGUGGGAGGAGUUCUGGGACAGGAAGUUGUCAAGGCUCUCUCCCAAAGAGACCCUCCUCACCGGAACUUCUUCUUCUUCGAUGGUCGUAAAGGCAACGGCGUGGUCGACUACUUUGGCCCCAACUAAACAGUUUUACACACAAAUUCAUGUCCAGCAAAUGUAUGUCUUUUCUUUCGUUUGUUCUGUCAGAUAAUUUAUAUCAGUUCUUGCUCCACUACUCAUAAAGUUAACCUGUUGUUGUUCCAACCUUUUGGCAUUUGGUCUUUGUUUUUUUUUUUACAUUUACUAAUAAAACCUUGUUAAGUGAAAUGAUUCUGCCUC